AUGACACACCAAACUCACCCUUAUCACAUAGUCAAACCCAGCCCAUGACCACUAACAGGAGCUCUUUCAGCUCUCCUAAUAACCUCUGGCCUAAUUAUAUGAUUCCACUUUUAUUCUUCAACCCUGCUAGUGUUAGGGUUAUUAACUAAUAUAUUAACAAUAUAUCAAUGAUGACGUGAUAUUGUCCGAGAAAGCACUUAUCAAGGUCACCAUACAACACCAGUUCAAAAGGGCCUUCGCUAUGGAAUAGUCUUAUUUAUUAUUUCAGAAAUUUUCUUCUUUGCUGGCUUUUUCUGAGCAUUUUACCAUUCAAGCCUUGCUCCCACUCCAUAUCUAGGAGGGCACUGACCACCAACAGGCAUUACUCCCCUAAAUCCCCUAGAAGUACCUCUACUAAAUACCUCUGUAUUACUCGCAUCAGGAGUUACAAUCACUUGAGCCCAUCACAGCUUAAUAGAAAACAAUCGAAAACAAAUAAUCCAAGCCCUAUCAAUUACAAUUCUAUUAGGUGCUUACUUCACCCUACUACAAAUUUCAGAGUACUAUGAAGCACCUUUUACUAUCUCCGACGGCAUUUAUGGCUCAACAUUCUUUGUUGCCACUGGCUUUCACGGACUUCAUGUUAUUAUCGGGUCUACAUUCCUUACAGUUUGCCUUGUUCGCCAAUUAUUAUAUCACUUUACAUCAAACCACCACUUUGGCUUUGAAGCCGCUGCUUGAUAUUGACACUUUGUAGAUGUUGUAUGACUCUUUCUCUAUAUUUCCAUUUACUGAUGAGGUUCCU